ACUACAACUCCCAGGGGGCAGCGGGACGUCGCUCUCGCAGCGCCCGUGUCGGCCGGCCACCGUGCGGCGGGUCCCGGCGGCCGCCGCGGGGGAGGGGCAGGAAGAUGGCGGACAUGGUCGUGGGCAGAGACAAAUGCGGGGAGCAGCGCCUCGUGUCGCUGCCCCUGUCCCGCAUCCGGGUCAUCAUGAAGAGCUCGCCCGGGGUGUCCAGCAUCAACCAGGAGGCGCUCGUGCUCACGGCGAAGGCUACGGAACUCUUUGUUCAAUAUCUAGCCACCUAUUCCUACAGACAUGGCAGUGGGAAAGAAAAGAAAGCACUGACUUACCAUGACUUAUCCAAUACUGCAGAGGAAUCGGAAACGUUCCAGUUUCUUGCAGGCUGGCCCACACGCAGAAGCACAUGGUUUGCAUUCAGUGACGUGGAAACAGACCUUCAGCAUUCGCCAGGAGACCACCCUGAAGGGCAGUCUGAUUUCCUCUCGUUUUGGAACCUACUGUAGAGAUAUAUUACCAAAGAAGAUACUAGCUAGUAAAUACCUGAAAAUGCUGAAGGAGAAGAAGGAAGAGGAGGAGGAGGAGGAGGAGCGUAACAACGAUGAGGAAAGUGAUGAAGCAGAAUCCUAAACCCCAAACGAAAUGCUUUACAGUCCGCCUGGUGAGGGCCCCCCAGGACCACCCAGCACUGCGCCUUCAGUCUCCUCACCUUCCAGAGGCUUCCAAGACACUGCUCCUUGGCUGAGACGCAGGGCCUGAGGCACCUGCACACAUGGCCGAGGAGAGCUGUCGGGCCGCCCCUGCGGUUGGCGGGCACCAAGCAUGAGCUGCCUGGACAGCCAAAGACAAGGCUCUCUGCGCGCGCUUCGGGUAGCGUUCCAGAGCUUCUCCUAGCGGCUCCAUAAAACAACCACGUCUCGUUUUAGCUCCAUGUAGUUCAAGUUACAUUUUGUUACAUUGUGUGUAGUUACAUUUGCAUUUUUGUAUUUCAAGAAAAUUUGAAUAUUUGUUUAAAUACAGCAUUUUUAACUGUAAAGACAAAAAUGUUAAAUUAAAAGUUAUAUGUAGUUUUACAGUAAAAUGCUCUAGGUCUAAUUUUAGAAGCCUCUAUUGUCCUAAUGCCUCGCUUAUUAUCUGAGCCUUUUGUGAAAUUUUAAAAUAUGCAUUUCUAGCAUUUUUAUUCCCAGAGAAAAAUUUUGUCAAAUCAUAAAUCCAAAAAUACUA